AUGCGGCGAUUUCGUAAAUGUCAGAAAUUGGAAGCUCCAGUAACACGUAAAAAAUGCUGUUUUAAUGAUAUGGACGAUACAAGGAAGUGUCAGUAAUAUGGUGCUCUAAAAGCAGAGAGAAAGGUUUGUUUAGAUUCACUACAGACCAUCUCUUGGCCUGCGUGUAAGCUGUUCGUAAGCUCCUUGUAAGAUUAAACAGAAAGUCUAAAACGUAAUAAAGUAAAGGCUGGCAUAAUAAUCUGUGUUCGUUUCCAGGGGUUAUUCUAACGUGGUUUUGUUACCGUUUUAAGGUGUUGUAAAUUUUAUUUGUGAUGUUGUGAUUUUUAUUUUGUGGUGUUGUAAAAAAUCGACCCUCUGGGAAAUUUUUUUCGCAAAAUAUAGGAAAUUGUUUGUUAAAACUACAAGAAUCUCGACCCAAAAAAAUGUAACACAGCUGAAGAAAUAGUAAAUAGUCAGCAUGUCCUGAAUCUCAAAACAUUUUUACUUUUGAUCUUGACUCUUCAUUUUUCAGUGUUCAGUUCGUGUUCGUCUCAGAUUGACAUUUUCUGCAUCCGUGUACACCUCUUGAUUCCAACGCUGCCUUUUCCUUUCUCUCCUAGUUUUUUCCUUCUAUCACAGAAUAAAAGUGACAUUUCGACAAGCGCUCCCAGGGUUUACUUAAUACAAUGACUAGCCGGGGAUGUUCCUGCCAAUAGAGUCAACUUUUAGCUGAAAUACUUUUUUCCACAGAGGUAUGCCCACCAAAAAUGCUUUUUCCAGAAAAGGUCAGAUUUGUCAUUAAAAUUAAAUCGUUGUCCAUUCUAUAGCUUUCUUCACUUAUAGCUCAAAUUUUUAAUUAAAGCUCUUAUUCCAGGAAAGGUUUCAUGUUUACAGAAGUUUUUUCAGAAGAGGGUCAAGAAAAAUUACUGCGGAAGGCACAACCCUAUGUUUCCCUCGAAGGUAAACCCCCCUGGGACAAAGGCUCCACAUUUUGAGCACUGUAGAAUUAAAAUGUACAUGUAUGUACAGAUUUUGUGUGGUACCGAUAAUGAUCUAAUGAUGAUUCUACUUCACAUGGAUUUUUUCAAGAUUAUUUUAAUGCACUUAUAAGCCUCCUAAUGUCCCACGAGUGUAGCACUGCAGCUAGCACCCUAGUCUAUGCUUCCAUAAAAUAUGGAUAUACACGUUUAUUGAUGUUGAGAGGCAUAACCAAAUACACCAGUUCUACAUUGUGGCAUUCGUAGGAUGAACACAUCUUAAUGCUGUAAUACCAGUUCCGGAUCCAGGCAUAUUCUAUCGUGCAUUUUGCAUGUUUAUUUGUCUAACAGGGUUUUUAACAUUUCUCAAUUCCCACCACUCAUGUGCAUAGAUUCUACUAGUUGGUUGUGCCCUGUUAUUCGGCCGAGUUUUACUGCUUUUUGAGCAUUUGCUUCCUUAUUGGGUAAAAAUACACCAUCCUCUAUAUCCCCUCAACAUUUACCGUCUACAAUGCCAAUACAACACUGAAGUCAAAGGAAAGACUUGACUCAUUUUUGUGGUCAGUGGCUCUAAUACUACUGUUGUUUUUUGAUUUUUCUCAAAAGUAGAGUUAAAAGUUUCACAAAAAAGUACCAGUCAUUGAAUUUGCGGUGUUGAGAUUUUUUCUUAGAAUAACUCCUGUCCGUAUUGUUUUAUUCUUGGUAUCUUUCAGAACAAAGUUCAUAGUUAUUGUGUCUUGUCUAGUUUUAUUGCCAAAAUUCAUUUCAUUUGACCUGUGUUGAUUGGAGGACUGUAAAAACCUGACUUGAGAAAGUCAUGUCUCGGCUUGCCAACUGCCGCUUCCAUUUUACAAAAACAAUAACAAUUUAUGCACUUCUGUGAAAAACAAUCUCAUUCUGUCUUCAAAUCUGCUUCUUAAUGCCAACUCUAUGAAUGAACUAAUGGUUUUCAGUGUAUGCCUUUCCCAGAAUCCCUUACAAAAUAUACCCUAAUACGGUUUCCAAAUGGUAGGCCUUUAUCAAGGCCAAAAUUGUGUGGACCAUCAGUUGUAUGUAUGACAGGGUGAAAUCCAUGUAAAGCUCAUGCCAGAUAUAUGCCAUUUAACAAUAGAAAUACGAUGGGAAAUCAUUUUUCAAUGCCAGAUAUAGCUGGUGUAAGCUAUAUUAGGCCUUGCCUGGAAAGGUGCUUGAUCGAGCGCGCACGCCUGGAGCGCAAAUUAUCGCAAUAUUAUGAUUUGCGUAAGAUUACCCCUUUAGAAAAAAGUCAGCAAAUUCAACGUUGGGUUUUCGAUAUCAUUUUUCAUCUAAUAACCCUCUAAUAACCAUCAAGGACACAGGCCAUCAAGCGUAUUCUCUGGCAGAUUUAUUUGAUUUUUGAGCAAGCGUUAAUCUUCUAUUGAAGUAUAUAUUAUUUUCUGUUUUUUUAAUAACUAAAAAUCGCCUGUGCAAAUCAGCGAUCAUGUUUCCGUCCAAAUUAUCGCAUUGCUUCUCAUUUUUCAUUUGCUUUUGCGAGUAGUAGAUGUUUUAGCGUUUCUUAUAGAAUGGAUAACAUGAAAAAAGGAAACAAAGUUAAAUGUUCGAUUUUAAGCCAUGCAUUUUGAUGAAGCAAUAUGUGAAGCUGAACAUAACAGUAGUGAUACUGACACUGAUAAAAGCUCAUCAAUGAUGGCAACUUACAUAUCUAGAAAAAUCUGAACAAUUUUGCGACUUUGUUUUAUUAUAUUUCUUUAUUUAUAUUAACAUAGUGUUUGUUGCAUGUUUUGUUAUUUUAUAUUAUGGUGCUUUCUGGUAUCACCGUUGAAUUUCAUAUUUAACACUCUUCCGAAGCAUUCGAUAUGAAGCUCUCGAUCUCCUAAAGCUCUCGAAGGAUGCUCUCGAGGAAAUUUACUUAGAGGUGCGAAAUAGAGCGCCUAGAGUUUCUAAGGGGCUCUUUUUAUAGAGCACCUUCAUUUUACUUAGAGCAAGGCCUGCUAUAUGGAUUCCACACUUGAUUGUAUGCCCUGAGGAUUGCUUACCAAUGCCUGUUCUGCCACUGGAUGGAGGUAAUUGUAUUUUCAGAAAAAAAUUGCUGUGAAAUCAUGAAAACAUGUAUUUUCGUUGGUUUUUUUUCAGGAGUGCAGCUCAGUAAAAUGUUUCAAGCCGAACAAAUAAUGAGAAUUGUGCAAGUUCUGACAAACUAAGACUGGCUUACUUUGUUUAUACUGAGAGCUGCUGGAAUUUUUCAAGAUGUUAAAACUGCAUGUUUUUUUGGUUGAUACAGGCACCAUGUUCACUUUUGACAUGGAAAUGGCCCUUGAGAGUUGGUAAACAAGUUUUAAUGAUUGCCAAUGGUGAGCCCUUGAACCCAACAAGCAGAGUAGCCAGUUACAAAAGUGCUGGAACAGAAACAAAUCCCAUUUUCCUAUUCAGCAAGUCUGCCAUUGAGAGUCCACAGCCUCCAAUAUCUCCAUCGCCUGUAGUUUCAGAGCUUUCACUAGAGCAGCAAGUUGAAAAAUGCCUUCAGUUGCCCCCAAGCAUUGAAACCUUAGUGGCACGUGCAUCACUUGCAUCUGAAUUUCAUUUGUCUGCAAGGGAACUUGGCCAAACCUGUGAAAAGUUUAUUGCAAAUCAGCAACUACAGCAACAAGGCUGGCAAGCUGUAGUUUCAAAUUUGGAAAAUAUCACCAGGGCAUUGAACAAACAUGCCAAAGUGUUCCAAGAUCAGUAUCACAAAUUUUUGUCAACUCGUGAGCAAUACCUUGAUAUGCUUGACAAGUUUGAUGACGUCAUAUCACUCUUAAGCAGAAUUCCUGUGCUGUCUUGCUUAACAAAAAGUUCAGCAAUUUUUGCUUCAAAAGAACUUUGCCUGCUUGAUUGGAUAAACAGUAAGGAGCAAAAUACAUCAUUAGAGACACUGGUAGGGCAAUGCAAGGAGAUUUUGUACCAGUUUGAUACCCAAAUCUUGGAGACAUUGAUGAAUGAAGCACACAAGGUUUUAGAAUGUAGUGAAAAUAAAGGCAUGAAAGAAAUAAAAGGAUUGGACGACAGGUUAUCAAGCUUACAGCAAAGGUUAUUAGUUGCACAGCAGCUCGUUCAAGAGCAGGCAGACAUGGCUCAAGGAUUCAAGCAAAACCAAAAAAGAGCGGAGUAUAUUGGUGACGCAUCUGUUCUUCCUGACCUGUGUAUCAGCCAUCGAAAACAGCUGAUUGUGAUGGCAAAAAAUCAGCGACAGUUGAGGGAUAUUUGUACGUUGUGUACUAGAGCGAAAGACGAGUUGUCUACCAAUCUGCAUGCACGACUAAGAUGGGUCAUGUUCGUGGAGCAUUCGAUUUGCAACUAUGAUAGCAAACUGUUGGUUUUCCACGAGAGUCUAAGAAAAAUGAACCGAAGACUGGAGGUGCUAGAGCAAGUUUUUGAGGCUCCAAGGAUGUAUGUGUUAGCAGUUUUGGAAAUUCUGCGCAGAAAGAGCUUCUCAGCACAGUUUCUCGAGUGGGGAAGAAAUGUCUCAUUGAGCUCUUCAGGGACGCGGUCAGAAGAGAUCGAGAAGAGAGACAACUUUGCGAAGGUCUUUGGGAAUCACUUUUUGCACAGCUUGUUCAGUGGUCUCGAAGACAUUCCGUCUCAAUUCGCUGAGUCUCCGCCAAGCAUAUUCGACGAAAUGCUUCCUGAUAUUGAUGUGAAUGACAUUCGUUUAUUGCAAAGUAAAGUUCCUGAGUUGCUGGUGGAGCUCAGUUUGGGCGAUUCCCUUGAGGAAAGCUUGUGCGUUCGCGAAAGAUUGUCGCAGACCAAUCUAACUAAACUGUGUGACCCGAAUUCAAACCCAAAACUUGUAGAGACCUUGCGAUUAAGGGAACUGACGGGGAAUCACGGAAUUUCUAAGAUGACAGUCAGUCAGUUGCAUAAAGAGAUAUCCCAAGAGGAUAUGCCUAUUGAUAUCGCACAAAAGCAAAUUGAUUGGAAGUUAGAUGAUAUUGGAAUGGAGAUUCCCGUUGGGGAUUUCGAGCCAUCGUCGCUUAAGACUCUUCCAAGUGAACUGGAAGGCCUACAGAGUAGUCAGAGCUCAGAAAUUAGCGAUUCUUUGUUUAGAUCAGCAGAAGGCUUAGAUGACGGGGCGUCGGAGUAUCCAGAAGAGACCGUGGGUGUGUUGGAACUGUCGGAGGUCACAGAGAGACAUGUGCCUGAGAGACAAGUGCUUGAGAGACAAACCAAGGAAUAUUUGAUUGAAGAGGCAUCCACUAAGAUCCCCAAGGAGGACUGGUUAUACAGAAGCCAGGAGUUUGUCGAUGGUACACAUGACCGAGAAGAUGACAAGAACGUAAGAGAUAAAACUGAGCAAUCCGUUGAUUGUCCCGUCAUGGAUGAUGAUAGAAGUGCUGUGCAUAUGGAUUGCAUUCAUGUUUUAGAUGGUGCUAGGGAAAUUUUUAUGCUUUUGGAAAACAUAAAGAGUACCGCUCCGACGAGGGAACUAGAGAUCGCUAUAGCAAAAUUAUUGUCUAUUGUUUCAUAUAAGCUUGAGCAGUCACGAGAGAAAAUGGAAACUUCAGAUUAUUUGUUCCCUCAUGAAAAACAGUGCUGUAGAAAUGAUGUGAAGAUUUUGGGGGAGCUAGUAGGAAAAGGUAAAUCUAUUGCUGAGUUAAAAGAUGAACACAGUCAAUCAAGAAGGAGGCAGGAGGAAAUAAGGGAGGAGGAAAAGAAAGUUUUAAUUGCACACAUUGAGAAGGAAUACGAAAAGACAAUAGAACAAUUGAAAAUGGACUUGGAUGAAGCAAAAGAACAAAGCAAGACUUUGAAUCACCAAAGAGAUCUCGAAAUGAACAAAAUUGAAGAUAUGACGAAAGAAUGGAAGAAAAAGGAGGAAGAUUUUAGGGAAACAAUAGAGUCUCUUAUAAAAGAUAAAAUAGAUUUUGAAGAAGACACUACAAAGGCUCUUGAAAAAGCACAGACUUUGAAUUUAUCAUUGGGUCAUGAAAAUGCGAAAGCUUUAGAGCUGGCUGUGAACAUUGCGAAGGAGGAACAUGAAAAGACACUGACAGCGGCAAUGAACGCUGAGAAGGAGGAACAUGAAAAGGCACUGAAUGUCGCAUUAAACGCUGCGAAGGACAAACAUGAAAAUGCCCUGCGAGCAGCAUUGAACGCUGCGAAGGAAGAACAUGAAAAGAAUUUACAGCUCUCAAUAGGUACAGCAAAGGAAGAACACGAGAAAGCUUUGAAUCUUGCAUUGAACGCAGCGAAGGAGGAGCACGAGAGCCUUCUGAAAGUUUUGAAAGAAGAAAUUGAGAUGCAAAAAAGUGAAAUGAUACAAAAAGAUGAACAACUUAAAACAUUAGAAGAUGAAAAUCUUUGGUAUAAAAGUGCCAAUAAAGAAAUUAGUUCGAAAUAUAAAGAUCUAGAACUGCGGAACGAUGAGCUAAAUAAGCAGUUUUUAGAAAGGAAAAGUUAUUUUGAAGAAACAGUUCGAAAAUGUCAGUUGGAAAGAGACAGGGAAAAUAAAGAAUGGUCGAGAAUAUUAGAAGAAGAAAGAGGAAAUUUUGAAAGGCAGAUUGAAAUUGAAAUGGAAAAAUGCGAUAAAAUGUGUAAUGUUAAGUUAAUAGAUCUAAAAAAUGAAUUUGAAAAGGAAAAAUCUGCUUUAUUUGAAAAUUUUGAAAAGGAAAAGACUUUCUUAAAAGAAAAAUCUUGUUCAGAGACUUUGAAACUGGUUGAAGAUUUCAAAAGACAACGAAAUACCCUUAAAGAAGACGCUGAAAAAGAAAAAUUGGAAUUGAAAGCCGAAUUAGAAAAAGAAAAAUCGUCAAUUAUCUUAUCAUGUGAGGUUGAAAAGCAGAAGUUUGCUGAAGAAUUCGAAAAACAACAGUCUUUGUCAAAAACAUCUUCAAUUGAAGAAGGCAUCGAUGCUUUAGAAUGGGAGAAACUCCUGCAAAAAUUAAAAGAUCUCGAAGCGGAAAACCAAAAACUGAAAGAUGAACAGAACACGAAAGGUGAAUCUGAUCCUGAUGAUGAACUUUUGCAACUCAGAAAGAUGGUUCAGGAUCGAGAUAAAGAAGUCAUUUCUUUGAAAGAGAAAGUAAACAAACUGCAAGUGUUUCUGCUGCAUUCACCCGAUUCAGACAAGCAAGAAAAAAUCUGCUUUCGCCAGUUCAAAGUGGACGACCUUGUUAUUCUGUGUUAUGAUGAGCAAAGAUCCAAUUACGUUGUACUUACUACCGAAGACACCAAGUACUUCCUUCAUCCCGAUUCAAAGAGUCUUCUCAAACUAACCACAGACGAUCCUUCUCAGCUGAGGGAAUGGCUCCUUGCAUAUAUAACUGAUCAAGAUUACUGUGUUGCCAAAAAAGUGCAGAACAGAUUCAAGUUGCCAGUUGGAACAUACUUCUACCGAAUUCAUGCUCGACCAUGGCAGACUUGACAUUUACAGAAUGCCGUUGAAUUUGCCUUCAUUUUUUCAGCUUUUUAUAUCCAAAUAGUUUUUGUUGAUAUUCAUUGAAUUAACAAAUGUGUAAUUUUAUUGAAAUUGUAGUCUCGUUGACAUUGUAUAUAAAGGACUUGCAAACAUGAUUAUAAGCAAAUUUUUCAUAUUGUGAUUGCUGCCCUUCCUAGGAAAGCAAUCCAGUAAUUGAAUUUCGAAACGUUUCUUGAACACAUAGCUUUAUUUUCAUGUAAAAUCUGAUGCAGUGGACAAUUUUGAAUUUUUUAGCCACUUGUUUGUAAUUUAAUCGUUUGUCAAUUUGCACCCAAGCUAAAGCAUGCAAUGCGAUUCUGUCCUCGGGAUUUUGUCCUGAUAUAAACAUGGCAACCUUGUUUGUUUCUUUUGCAUUCGGUUCAAGUCUUUGCUAAUCGCAACCGAUUUUCUUUUGCAUAAGAUGUUGUUCGAAAUUUUUAAUCUUUUGCUUUUAUUCAGAACUAUUUUGCAGUUCUGUUUGUUACGGUUAGUCAACUCAGGAGAUGCCCUUGGAUCUUAUUCUCUUGUAA